GAUUAACUAUUAAUUAUUCGUUCUCUAUUCUGUUAUCUAUAAAUGUCGACGAUUCUCAUUAUUUCAUAUUCAUCCCUAUCAAUGAAGCGUCUAAAAGAGCUCCAAUAAAAUAUCAAAUCAAUUUACCCGUUGCUCAGACAAUCAUCGCCAACAAAGCUAUACUAUCUAGAUAUUUUGUUCAACGACUUCUUUUACAUUUUGGAAAAUUGGAUAAUGAUCUUGUUACGUUAAAAAUGGAAUACAACAGCAAUUCUGGGCGUGUGAAUAUUACUUUAAUUCAAAACCUUAAAAAAAGGAUAAGACCACCUUGGGCCAGCGACUUGGAAAUGUCAGUUUUUUCAGAUAUAGUAAAGAUGGUUGCGGAACAAUUUGGUGAAAUGCAACUUUCUUUGAAGGGAAAUGAUAUGGAAUUGUUUCACUUUUUAACUGCAGGACCCCAUGCUGAAGCACCUAAAAAAUUAAGAGAUUUUGACAUUAGUAAAUUUAAAGAAAAUAUUAUACCUUUGGAUGACAUUAUUAUCUGUGUCGUUCGAAAACUUGAGCUAGAAAACGAAUCUAUCAAGAAAUUAAAUUUAACCAAGAAUGAAAAAAAUUUUGAUCAAAAACUUACCAAGGAAGAAGGAAUUAGACUAUUAAUUGAAAUUAUGCUUGACAGACUAGCAUGUCCAAUCACAAAAAAACUGACCGGUGACUUCUUUGUUUUGAUAUGUGGACAUUCUAUUGGUCAUCAGUUCAAGAAUAAAUGUCCAUUUUGCAAAGUUAAUAUUGAAUCAGAAUCUGUAUAUUACCUUUCUCGAAACGCAAUACUUAAAGGGCUUGAUGAAUUUCUAGCAAAAGUUUAUUCUGAAGAAACUAAUUCUUUGAAUUCUUUAAAGUUAACUACUGAACAAGAAACUAAUUCUUUGAAUUCAUUAAAGUUAAUUACUGAACAAGAAACUCAUUCUAAAGCGAUGUUAUUUGCAUUUGAAAAAGCUGAAAUAGCCGGAAAAAAACAUGAACAUUCUAUAGUAAUCAUGUGGCUUACUCGUGUUUUGUAUUUUUAUCCCAAAAGUUAUUCAAUUCAAUGUAGGAGAGCUAGUGCAUUCAUUAAUCUCAAUAUGCAUUUAAAAGCUAUAAAUGAUUUGACAACAGCAAUUAAAUUGAAACCAUCAAAAUCUCUCGCAUAUAUAUAUAGGAGCAAGAUAUAUAUAUUUCACAAAAAUUUUGAUAAUGCAUUACAUGAUAUGGAUGAAGCUCUCAGAAUUGAACCAAACAACGAACACGCACGUUUAGAAAAAGAAAGAAUAUGUGAAUAUAAAGGACAAACAGGAAAUAUUGAUAGACCAAUUAACAAUUUUAUGCAACUUGGUUUAUCAGAUGAAAUUUUGAUAAAUAUUUUUAAGUUUGUAAGAUUUCCGUUAAAUUUGAUUUUAACUUGCAAGAGUUGGUAUAAUAUUUCUAGUGAUCAUAUGGUGAGGGCUGAAUGGAUUGUUUACCAAUACGGUCGCGCUCAUGCACUAUUUUAUGCAAUUAGAUUAGGCUCAAAUUUUAUUAACUCAUCUGUUGCUAAGGCAAUAGUUACCAAUGGGGCAAUAAUCUCUAGCUAUUUUAUUAAAAGGUUAUUAUUACAUUUUGGAAAAUUUGAUCAACAACUUGAAACAUUGAAAAUGGAACAUAAUGUAAAUAAUCAAAAUAUUACCAAUGUACGAACUAUUCAACAACAAAAUUCAAAAACACCAUGGGCAAGUGAUUUAAAUAUUUCGGUUUUUAUUUACCUUUUACAAGAGGCAGAUAAACAAUUCGCACAAAUUGAACUUUCUAAAAAGGGAAAUGACAUGGAAUUGUUUCAUUUCUUGUCAGCGGGGCCGCAUGUAAUUAAUGAUGCUAGAGCGAUCUUAGAUAAAAAUAAAGCACUCAUUGAAGAUUUGAUCUUGAAACUAAAAGAUGACAUAGAAAAUACUAUUAGCAGGUUAACUAAUAAGGAUACCAUUGAACAAGCUAAAAAACUAUUUUCCAUUGGUCGAUUUGCUAAAUGUAAAAAUAUUAUUCAACUUAAGGCUGUUAUGCGUCAAACUAAAAUUUGUGUCAAAUCAAAAGGUCUCGUGGCCAGCAUUUCUUUAUAA